CUAACUGUAAUUUUCUUUCUUUCAGAAACCGCAAAACCAAAAUCCCUGGAAGAUGACAGUGAAUUAGACAUAUCAGCCCUGUGUCCUAAGAUUAGUCCUACAGUUAUUGCUAAAGAGCUAUCGGUGUCUGACACAGAUGUAUCAGAGGUAUCUUGGACUGAUAAUGGGACCUUUAAUUUAUCUGAGGGAUACACUCCACAGACAGACACAUCUGAUGAUUUUGACCGACCUAGUGAUCAUGAAGAAGCUUUUGCCAGAGAUCUUGCAGAAUUUCCCUCUCUAGAAAAUGGCGCAGGAACAAAUGACGAUGAUGACUCGAGCAUUGGCAUUCCCAUCCAUCAGAAGAGAAAAAAGGAACAGAUGCCUUCCAAGAUGGCUCAUUCUCCCAGACAGAGGAAAGAGAGGCAGUCUGCCACAGGCCUCUCCCUUCCUUUGACCAGUGACCAAACCUUUAACUUAGUGAGUGAUAUUGCUGGUGAUGUUAUUGCAGCUGCAGUGUCUGCCGCCAUCAAAGACCAGUUGCAGUCCACACAACGAGCACCCUCACAGGUAGUCCCCAGUUUGAGUGAGGAGACAGACACGGAAGAAGCUGAUGAUUUUGAACUGCUUGACCAAUCAGAGCUUGAGCAGAUUGAGAGUGAACUGGGGCUUACACAAGGCCAAAAAGAAAAGCCACAGGAAAAAAAGAAAUCUUCAGGCUUCCUUUCAAAUCUGCUUGGAGGUCAUUAACCUGGAAAUUGGAGCUAGUAACGUAGUGAAACAAAAAAUCAAAUGCAAAAAAAAGGAAAAUGCUCAGCUGUAAGCUUUAACUAUUACUUCAGAUGUGUUGUAAUAAUUUCCCUUACACAGAGUGAAUUAAUUGGAUACAUAUCAGCUGACCCUGAUAGUUUAAUGUUUCUGAUAGUUGUGCCUCAAUGUAGUAGCAUGGAAAUGAAGUAUCUAGCCACUCUUUGGUCACUGAUGAAUGUUAGAGGUCAGUUGUUAUUUAAGGAAAAAUUAAAUUGCCAAAUCUAGAUUUUGGGGUCCUCAGCCAAAUGCUCUUCACCUUCAGUUUGUUUCCACUUAGUUUUCAAGCAUCCAAAGCAGUUAACGAUAUGUGCAGUGAAGAGAAAUUAUGAAUAGGAUGCAGUGAGAUUAGCAAAAUCUUAUCUGCCUCUAGUAUAGUGGAAUAUCUAGAUCCCUAUGGUUAUUGUGUGUGGCAUGUUUGAUGUCCAUGAACACUUUAUUCAGCAUAAACCUCAAAUUUAAGGAUGUGUGCAAUGCCAUCAAAAUUAACAAAAGUUGUGUUGCAUAUGUAAACUUUCAAAUUAAUUUUUUGAUAAGCUGAUACAUUUCCAAGUUAUCUCUGAUGUUUUAGGCUUGUAGAGUUAUGAAAUGGCAUGCUACUAAAUUGACCGCCUGCUGUAUUCUCUGCUAGAGUCUGGUACUGGGCAGUAAUGUCCAUAAAAAGCAAGGCAAAAACAAUGUUACACUUGAGAUUAUAAAUAUCAUGUAAACUGAACAAGGCCUUUGUUGUUUUGUUUUUUAAUUUUAGUUUGGAAUAGGGAAGCCAAGAAUAUUAAAGGUGAACAGAGAUUUUUUGGCUUUUUACCUGCCAGUACCUGCAGUCAGGUUUCUGUUUUUUUCAUGAGACAGCUGCUAUCACUCCUAAUUGAAGUCAUUAGAGAGUUAUUCUUUAAGCUGUAUCUGGUGUUCAGUGAGGCCAGAUGUUAAAGAAGAAACACAGAAACUUCUUGGCAUACAAGUGAAGGAGGAACUUGUUUAAAAAUAUUUAUUUGUAAUUUUUAACUCCUCACAUACUCAGACUGGCUUGGGAUCGUAAACAAGUAACUUAGUCCGGUUUUUUUUCAAGAUUUUUGGUUCACCUUUAAACAAAGAUGAAAGGCAAUGCCCAUUUAAGGUAAACAAAGAUUAAUAGGAAGAAGUAAAGCUAGUUUUAUUAAUGUGCUGUAAAUUGUUAGCAGGGUUGAGGGACCAUGUCAGCUGUUAUCACUAAUCUUUAUGUGAUCUCCUAUUUGCUGGCAUUUUACAGGUGAAUGUUGUUAUCUAGAACCGUCAGAAAGUACAAACCAAGCUUAUAGCAAGGUCAGCUUUUCUUCCCUAAUAGAAUAUAUUUAGAAAAAAAACUUGUUUUAAAGUAGCACAGUUUUAAAUUUGUUUUUCUUUCUGAGGCAUUUAAAAGCUAGACAGAUUGCCAAAAAGAUUUUAGGUAAAGGAAAGCUAUGGAAGACUUUUGACACUAGCUUUAUCGUUGCUUGUGCUUAUGUGUCAGUAAUGCAUAUUAACUGUGUUUGCUGUCCUUUAUCGGUACAAAAGUGAGCCUGUGCCUUCAUUAUCUAACCCAUCCUGAAAGAAGUGAAAACUGGAUAUAGAGGCCACAAAAUGUAGUUUUUAAAAUUACAUCAUCCUGACAUUUAAUAAAAGUUUCUGAAAAAUAUAUAAAAUACAGCGAUAUAUUUUAUGCAGUGUUAGCUGUUAAGUUUUUUUAUGACUUUUUCCCAGCUUGUGCAUUCCCAUUUAGUAAACAAACACACACAAAGGCUGUGGUCAUGAAAUUAGUGAGUGUAAAAGCCAUUUCAGUUUCUCAGAUGAAUAAAGAACACUGUUUCCUUAAUGCAUGUUUAAGACAAUCUACAUAGUUAGAAGAGUACAAGUUACAAGUCACCAAUGAAGCUUUCAGAACAUCUUGACAAUAGUAUGCUUCCCUGUGUGAUAGUACAAGUAACAAGAAGAUUAACAGGGUACAACACAUGAAGAAACUGGAUAGGCAGGGCUGGAGAGGGGGUGGUCUUUAACAAGACUCUAAGUGGAUGAUGAGUCAUGCUAGCUUACUGUCGAUGGUGGCAUUGUAACAGUGUGCACUUUAUUGUUUUCUGAAGAAUAUUUGUGGUUACAAAAUUAUAUAAUAUAGGGGCACUCUUAUAGAAAUGCAAAUUACAUCAAGGAAGAAAAGCAGUUGCAGGAGGAGUUGCUCAGACUUUUUGUAAAUGAUCCAUUUUCUGGUUUCAAGAUAGAAAAGUAAACGAAUUUGACUACGUGUUCCAGUGUGGAAUAAGUCCUGAAUUGUCCAUAAGGAAGCAAGGCAAAACAAACCUGAACAUACAACAUACUGAAAUGUGGGAGCACAAUUGCUCAUUACCCUGUGUUUGGCUUUUUAAAAUAUUUUGUUCUUCUGUUUUUAUAGUAGUUAAAGGAUAAUUAACUGUUUGUUCAAGACCCAAAUACUGCAGAAUUGGAAGAAGAGGACUUAAUAAAAAUUAUUAGUAGUAAUAAAAUUAUAGCAUAUCUUUCCUACUUUAUUAAUAUCAGAUUGACCCACAAGCAUCUGUGAGAGCUAAAAAAGAAGGCUUUGAGCUCUGAAUAAUAAGUAAUUGAGCAUGCCAUGAUUUUCUGCAGAACUUUCUCAAAAAAAGACAGCGUAAGUCAGAAGUACUUGGUUCAGAAAUAAUUAAGAAAUACUGGUUAUGCAUUCCCUUUGCAUUAGUUAGACAGUUGAGCAUGAAGAAACAUUUUCUGUCCUUCUAAAAGAUCCCAUUCAGUUGGAAUUCGUAUUAGGGAUCCUAAGUUUGCUGCACUCAGCAGCAGCAACAAAAUAAGCUACU